AUGGAAAAGGAAAUCAAGCCAAAUGGAUCAGCUGGUUUUAUAGGAAAACAAAUAUUUACUGUCUAUUUGUGGAAGGAAUCUGUGAAGAAGUUCCCCUGCCGGCUCUGUGAGAGGUCAUUCUGCUCAGCCCCCAGCUUACGGCGCCACGUCCGGGUGAAUCAUGAAGGCAUUAAGAGGGUCUUCCCCUGCCAAUAUUGUACAGAAGGCAAACGAACUUUCAGUAGCCGUCUCAUACUAGAAAAGCACAUCCGUCUUCGGCAUGGAAUUAAAGUGUGGGAUCAAACUCAGGGAGAAGAGGCGAGCAACAGCCGAGUUUCCAGUGAUAAUGAGGGAAUUGUCCGAAAACGUAAAGGACCCCAGAUAGCAGACAGCUCUUCUGAUACUGAAGGUCCUGGAGGCAGAAGGACGCCAAUCAAGACUAGAAGGCGGGAGAAGACGCUUUUGCCACCAUGUGAAACGGGUUCAUUCCAGUGCCAGAAGUGUGGCUACACCACAGAGAGCCAGGAUGACUUCCAAGAGCACAUCCCCCAGCACCGCACAGAUGAGACUUCACACCAGUGUCUGCAGUGUGGCCUGUGUUUUGCCUCGCAGUCUUCACUCAACCGGCACCGCUUCAUCACCCACCGUGUUAAGGAGUUGGGGGGGACUGCUGCAGAUAAGCUCCAUGGUUCAGAGGCUGACUCGCCAGAAACUGAGCAAGGGGAGAGCCAGCAAGGGACCCUGUCAUGUCAGGUCUGUGGAAAACACUUUGAGAAACCUGCUGAUCUCAACACACACUUUCGGACUCAUGGCAUGGCCUUCAUUAAAACCAGAAAAACUGGAGGCAGUGAGAAAUAAAGUGAUGAAUGGUCCCUGUCCCCGUCCCCCCCCCUUAAUACUGUUUCAUACUUGGGUAUCACUUCCAGUGGUUAAUGCACAAGACGGUUAUUCUGUAAUUUCACUUGUAGUUAUGCAGUAGUUGUUAAUUACAGUCUAAUUGGAGUGUAGUGCCGCUCUUUGUUUUAAAAUGUGAAUACAACUAUUAAUGGUGAGUGUAGUCCCUUUCUGGAGGGUUGGUGUGGGCACACAAUCAUGACAUGUUUUUGUACGUUUUUGUUAAAAUUUCUUUCUCAGUUUGUAGAUUUUGGGAACAUUUGGUUUAACGGAGAUCUAGUUCAGUGGUUUCUGACUUGCAAUAAGCACCACGAGCAAGUAAAAUGUAGUUCUUGACACUAGCCUUUGGACAGCCUCACACAUCCAGUAGUGCAGCUAGUCCAAAAUUUGAGUUGUGCACUAAUUGACCAUUAUUUUUAAAUACAGUAUAAUGUAUAUAUUAACAGAUAAA